GCCCCUUCGCCACCGGGCUCCGCCCCGUUAAAGGGGCGAUGGCCGCCCGGCGCGGCGGCAAGCACAGCGUUCCCUCUCCCGUCCGGCUGCCGCCUUCCCUCCCCGCCGCCCUCCUCCUCCAACCGCGCGCCCCGGCUCAGCGGGAGAGCGCGGCCGCGGGAGCCGCCAGCAAAGAUGCUGAGUUUUUUCCGUCGCACGCUGGGCCGGCGGUCCAUGCGGAAACAUGCGGAGAAGGAGCGGCUGAGAGAGGCCCAAAGGGCCGCCACCCACAUCCCUGCGGCUGGUGAUGCAAAAUCCAUCAUCACCUGCCGAGUAGCGCUGCUGGACGGGACGGACGUCAGCGUGGACCUGCCGAAAAAAGCCAAAGGCCAGCUGCUGUUUGAACAGAUCAUGUAUCAUCUGGACCUUAUAGAAAGCGACUACUUUGGAUUAAGGUUCAUGGAUUCUGCACAAGUGGCGCAUUGGCUGGACAACACAAAAAGCAUUAAAAAGCAAGUUAAAAUUGGCCCACCGUAUUGUCUGCAUUUUCGUGUAAAGUUUUACUCAUCAGAGCCCAAUAAUCUACGUGAAGAGCUAACAAGGUAUUUAUUUGUUCUGCAGCUGAAACUGGAUAUUCUUAGUGGAAAAUUGGAAUGUCCUUUUGACACAGCCGUCCAGUUGGCAGCUUAUAACAUGCAAGCUGAACUUGGAGACUAUGAUCCUGCUGAACAUGUCCCUGAACUGGUGUCUGAGUUCAGGUUUGUUCCCACUCAGACUGAAGAGAUGGAACUAGCUGUUUUUGAGAAGUGGAAGGAAUGCAGGGGACAAACACCAGCGCAGGCUGAAACUAACUACUUAAACAAAGCUAAGUGGCUGGAAAUGUAUGGUGUAGACAUGCACAUAGUCAAGGCAAGAGACGGCAAUGAUUACAGCCUGGGACUGACACCUACAGGAGUUCUUGUCUUUGAAGGAGACACAAAGAUUGGUUUGUUUUUCUGGCCAAAGAUAACAAGGCUUGACUUCAAGAAAAACAAACUCACUCUGGUUGUUGUUGAAGAUGAUGAACAGGGAAAGGAGCAGGAGCACACUUUUGUCUUUAGACUGGAUCAUCCCAAAGCCUGCAAACACUUGUGGAAAUGUGCAGUGGAACAUCAUGCCUUCUUCCGGCUCCGAGGUCCUGUCCAAAAGAGCUCAAGUCGAUCAGGCUUCAUCCGGUUGGGGUCUCGGUUCCGAUACAGUGGGAAAACAGAAUAUCAAACCACCAAGACCAACAAAGCCAGGAGAUCAGCAUCCUUUGAAAGACGGCCCAGCAAGAGAUAUUCAAGACGAACCCUACAAAUGAAAGCACAUACUGCUAAACUGGAAGAAACGAGUACUGCAAAUAAUGCUGUUAUCAGCCAAACUAAUGGAUCACAAAGCUGGAAUGCAAAACCAAACCUACCUGUCCUAACAGCGGUUCCUUCCACCCCAGUCUUAGUGGAAAUAGAAAACCUCCCAAGGAGCCCAGGAGCCAGCCAGCAAGACAAGAAGUGCAUCCCUCUUGUUGAUUUGCUAGACAGCACAGAGCUGCCAGAAACUUGUGUUGAUGAUGCCAUAGGCCGUCCGGUUGUUGGCUUGGCAACAGGAGAUUCAGAAGAGGCUGUUAGUUGCCCUCAUCCUGGCACAAAGGAAACUCCUGCUGAAAAAGCAGACUCUGAUCCAUUUGAAGACACAUUCCUAAAACUGAAACAGCUGGAGACAGAGCGCAGCAGCCCUGUGCCAACUGAGCGUCCCAACGUAAACAUAAACAUACAGGAUGAAGUGGUGAAGUUGACAGAUAAAUGUCUUAACAAUGCAAUCGAGAGCCCAAUUGUAGCAGCAAAGUGGCUUCCAGCAGAUCUCAAAAGCAAUAUCCUGAAGGCCCAGGCAGAAGCAGGUCACAAGGUUAUAAAAGAUGACAGCAUGACAGGUGUCAAGAAUUCUAAUAUUCAGGAUGCUGCUGCCAGGAAUAUUCUCCUGUCAGGCAAAUCACAGCAUAGCCCCCCACCAACGAGUCCAGUAUUUCAAGACCCGAGAGAGCUGCUGAAAGCAAUCCCUGCUUCAAACACCUUUGUUCCUAAUGCAUUGAAUGAGGACAAUGCUGCCUCUAACCACGAGGACCUGCUAAUUCCAGCUAAUCUGGCUCCGGCUGAGGAGGCUGCUGUUUCAAAGAGCACUCCAGAUGACCAGGACGUUUCCUUAACAUCACUGACAGAGAAUCUAAUUGACUUUACAGAAGCCACACCUCGGGUGUCUUCCCAGCCCAUCAUAACACCGAGGUGGUUAGUGCCAACCGGACUGAUUUCCAACGGGCCUUUGGGAAAUGAUUUUGCCUUAUCCAUGAAGGCAGCGAAAGGCAGCACAGAGACUCUGCUGUCAGCUGGAUUGACACCAUCCCAGCAGACAGCUGAAGUCCUUGCAAGCCCAGUUACUGAAGAUGCUACAGUAAGAACAAAAUGUUUACUCACCACUGAACUCUAGAAGAAGGAGUUUCUGAACUUCUCACCUUGUAAAAACUCAAAUCUUCUAACACAUCUCCAAGGGAUCCUUGGGAUCAAACUCAUGUUGAAUGGGAGUCAAACAACCAUCUGGUUUGCUAGGAUCCAGGAAGAGACUCCUACGUUUAUUGCAAUCUAACUGGAAUUUCAGUCUAAACCGGGAUGUAAAACCACAUACACGUUUGAUCUUCUCCCUUGGGAGGAGCAAAAUGCCCCACUGGAGCUAGUUCUGAACUGAGGAACAGAAAACAGUUGUGUUCUGCUCAUGCUGGGUUUAUUGUUACUUACCCUGUGGGAGGCUCUCACUGUGAUGUGGGGUGUGGUGUGAGCUCGGUGACCGCUGUAGAGUGAUUAAUAUCACAGAGAUUAAGAGAACUCGUAGGGCCACCUCGUGGCCAUGCUCUGUACAGGGACUCGCAGUGGUGACUGUUUCAUACGGCCAAGGACAUGUUCUUCUGUGUGAUUAUUCCCUCUGUUUUUCCUUCAUUUUACCAACACAUACUCUCCUUUUUGGCCUUAAACACCUUGCACCCCUUGUUACAGUACGUCCAUCAGUGACCAGCUACAUUGACUGGAUUUGAGCUGCUGCUCAUUGCAACCAGGAAAAUGAAAAUUGACCUGCCAAACAGCUUAUAGCAUUAGCAGACUACAGCAGAGGUCUCACAUUUGGCACUGAUUAUUUAAUUUCCUACAUGACUCAAAUACAUCUGUUUUAGGCUAGAGAUGUGUGUGUUUUAAAUGCCAAAGCAGGGAAUGUAUAAGUACAGCUUGCUUCAGGAACUGCUUAUUGAUUAGUUUUGUUGUCUUGUAGGACUAGAAAGGAAAAGAAUUUCUUUGUUUCUCUUCAUACUAUUUCUGGGUGUUUUUUCCAGAUGCUGUGCUUCAGGAAUACUUGCCAGGUAUUUUUGCGGCAUGAGGGUACAACUAGAUCAGUUCUUAACACCACCUUGAAUCCUGUUUCAAGUGUCAUCUUGAAACCAAGUGUGUCUUUGUGAA